AUGAUUCCACAUCUUCAAGAUUUUACACUUCAGAAAAGAGCACUUUCCUUCAUCUCCAUCAUGAUUGCAAAGGGUUGGCUUCUGCACGUUGGCCUCACGAUGCUCCUCUUCACUGAAAUCUCAACUCAGGGCUGCAACCAACUUCGCAGCAGGCUGCAAAAAUUCAACGAAGGCAGCUUGGAACUUUUCAGCCGCAAAAUGGCAUCAACCUUGCCUUUGCAAUGCAUGGAUGACAUCGUAAACGUCACCCACCCACCCAAUGAAGAGAAUUUCAUGAAGAUUGGUGAAUUGCAGGAAGACAAUGCCAAGGUGGCCAUACAUGAAAUCUUCCAAGAGAUUCGUCAUGUCCUCAACCAAAACCAUACUGAAAUGGCCUGGGAUGAGAAUUCCAUAAGCAAUUUCAUGAAUGGACUGGACCAGGAAAUUGAGAAGCUGGGACCUUGCUUGAUUGCAGGCAGAUACAACUUCAAUAUCAGACGGAUUGUGAAAAGGUAUUUCCAAAGGAUCAAUGACUUCCUGAAAGUAAAAGUGUACAGCAUGUGCGCCUGGAAGAUUGUCCAGAUGAAAGUGGAGGAUUGUUUUGCGUUGACUGACCACCUCAUCCGAAGGAUUAACACUGAAGACUGCCACCCCUUGGGUCUGGUCGCAUGCAAUGAGACCGAAGGGGCUGGGGUCAGUUUGCUCCCUGCCUUGCCGCUGGCGGCCCAGACCACCCAGGCAUUGGACACCAGUGGUGGCCCAGGCCAGGUGGCAAAAGAGGACAGUGGCGGAGGUACUGGGAGGACAGCGGCUGCAGCUGCUAAUGAUGGUGAUGAUGAUAAUAGUGCUGCUAAUGAUAAUAGAUGCUGA